CCCUUCCGGCCGCGGCGGUCGCCGGCGGCUGGGCGGCGGGGCCCGGCGCCCGCUCGGCCCGCCCCUUUCCCCGCCGCUGUCAGAGACGCGGUGUAUGCUGAGCCGCUGCCACUGCCGGCUGCUGCACGUCGUGGGCCCGAGCUUCCCGCUGCUGACCUGCCGGCUGCGCCGCUGCGUUCCUCGCCCCAUGAAGCCGCUGGUCGUGUUCGUCCUCGGCGGUCCCGGAGCCGGCAAGGGGACCCAGUGCGCCCGCAUCGUGGAGAAAUAUGGCUAUACACACCUUUCUGCAGGAGAACUUCUUCGUGAUGAAAGGAAUAACCCAGAGUCACAGUAUGGUGAACUCAUUGGAAAGUACAUUAAAGAAGGAAAGAUUGUGCCAGUUGAGAUAACUAUCAGUUUAUUAAAGAGGGAAAUGGAUCAAACAAUGGCUGCCAAUUCCCAGAGGAAUAAAUUCUUGAUUGAUGGGUUUCCAAGAAAUCAAGACAACCUUCAAGGCUGGAACAAGACCAUGGAUGGGAAAGCAGAUGUAUCUUUUGUUCUGUUUUUUGAUUGUAAUAAUGAGAUCUGUAUUGAACGAUGUCUUGAAAGGGGAAAAAGUAGUGGUAGAAGUGAUGACAACAGAGAGAGCCUGGAGAAGAGGAUCCAGACUUAUCUUCAGUCAACGAAGCCAAUUAUUGACUUAUAUGAAAAAAUGGGGAAAGUCAAGAAAAUAGAUGCGUCCAGAUCUGUUGAUGAAGUGUUUGAUGAUGUUGUGAAGAUUUUUGAUAAAGAAGGCUAACUCUGAAUCUGAAGCGUCCUUGAAAUCAUGCUUGAAUAAUGCUUUGAUAGCUGCUAUCCAAUCCCUUUAUAAGGCAGUUUUAAUCUCUCAAAAUUACAUCUUAAUUAAUGGCUAGAAAAUACAUAGUAUGGCAUUAAAUUUUUUAUUUUAUUGUUUUGGUCACAGGAGUAGACAAUGAAUUCAGGUUUAACUUGGUCUUAGUUAUUAUGGUGCUCACAAAACAAAAAUAUCAGCUAGUUCUUUGUUUUUAUUCAAAAGACUAUCCCUUUUAUAGUUUGUGUUUUCUGUGAGCAAAACUUUUAGUAUGCAUGCUAUAUCCCUUUAGUACAACGUGACAGCUGGGCAUAGUG